CUAAGUUAAAGUGAGUUUGUUUUAUUAAUUUCGUUAAAAUUCGGUCACAAACAAUGCCUACAUAUAAAUUGACAUAUUUUAAUAUACGAGGCUUAGCUGAACCAAUUCGUCUAUUGUUAUCCUAUGGUGGACAAGAUUUUGAAGAUGUUCGAAUAGAUGAAGAAUCAUGGAAAAAACUAAAAUCAAAUAUGCCAAUGAGUCAAGUGCCAGUAUUAGAAAUUGACGGAAAACAAACACAUCAGCAUAUUGCAAUUUCACGAUAUUUAGCCAAACAAUUUAAAUUGGUUGGAGAUAAUGAUUGGGAAGCUUUACAAAUCGAUACUGUUGUGGAUUCGUUAGUUGAAUUGAGACGACGAAUUGCAUUUUUGGCAUUAUUUGUAGAAUUAUAUCCUGCACUAAGAGGACCUGAUCCAGAAGUAGUGAAAAAGAAUUAUGAGGAAGCUGUUAAAACAACAAUACCAUUUUACCUUGAAAAAUUCAAUGCAAUGGCUGCAAGCGGUUAUUUAGCAAAUGGAAAAUUAUCAUGGGCCGAUAUUUAUGCUUUACCAUUUAUAGAAUUUCUCGAAUCAGUCAUGAAAAUACCAGUUGUUGAUAAAUAUCCAAAUUUGAAAAAAGUACGUGAUAAUGUUAUGGGAAUACCUAAGAUCAAGGCAUGGGUUAAUAAGCGCCCUGUAACCGAAUAUUAAUUUUUUUUUUGUUACGAAUUUGUUUUAAUUUUGUUUUUUAA